CACCACUAGCUAAAGCAACCGGUGUUUUAAGGGCCUGCCGAUCGGUUCCGUUUUGUUAUUAACUUUAGUUGUUCCAAGUACCGUUUACCAAAAACACCAUCUCACAAAAUGCUUAAGAACGUAGUAUCCCUUGUUACCGGUGGAGCUUCCGGAUUGGGUCGCGCCACCGCCGAGCGCCUGGCCAAGCAGGGCGCCAGCGUGGUCCUGGCCGAUCUUCCCUCUUCCAAGGGCAACGAUGUGGCCAAGGAGCUGGGCGACAAGGUCGUCUUCGUGCCAUUGGACGUCACUUCUGAGAAGGAUGUCAGUGCCGCCGUGCAGACCGCCAAGGACAAGUUCGGACGCCUGGAUCUGACCGUGAACUGUGCCGGCACAGCCACCGCUGUCAAGACCUACAACUUCAACAAGAACGUCGCCCACAAGCUGGAGGACUUCCAGCGUGUGAUCAACAUCAACACUGUGGGAACUUUCAACGUAAUUCGCUUGUCGGCCGGUCUCAUGGGCGCCAACGAGCCCAACCAGGAUGGACAGCGCGGUGUGAUCGUGAACACAGCUUCGGUGGCUGCCUUCGAUGGCCAGAUCGGUCAGGCUGCCUACUCCGCCUCCAAGGCGGCAGUGGUGGGCAUGACUCUGCCCAUUGCCCGGGACCUGAGCACACAGGGCAUCCGUAUCUGUACGAUUGCGCCCGGCUUGUUCAACACCCCCAUGUUGGCAGCUCUGCCCGAGAAGGUGCGCACCUUCCUGGCCAAGUCCAUUCCCUUCCCCCAGCGCCUGGGCGAGCCGACCGAAUAUGCCCAGCUGGUGCAGGCCAUCUACGAGAAUCCUCUGCUCAACGGCGAGGUCAUCCGUCUGGAUGGUGCCCUCCGCAUGAUGCCCUAGAUCUGUAUCCAUGCUAUCACUCGAUCAUUUUGCAUUUAUCUAUCACUUUUAUUUUCUAGUGUUUAGGCCGAAAAGUGUUAUGUCUUGAAUUAUGUAAUAAUUCCUAAUAAACAAGUCUCUUUUUUUCACAUUUUAA